AUGGCUGAUUCACAUCGUUCUCAAAGUUCAAAAAGAGCAGUUUCUAAAGGUGCAUUUUCAAAUUUACAUUACUCUCAAAAAGACUUAAAAGACUCUUCAAAUACACAUAGGCGAGCAUCUCCAAUCUACUCAUCAGAUCCUAAUACAUCUCUUUUAGAGCACCUAAAAACUGCUGAGAUCUCCAAAAGUCUGUUUGAAAAGCCAAUAAACGAUUUUUUAAAAGAAUCAAAUGAAAUUCAAGAAGAAAUAAAAAUUUUAACCGAGAUGUGCAGAUCUCAAAUUCAAACUACUGAAGACUGAGACUAUAUCAAUGAAUUAUUGCUGAAAAAUGAUUUUGAUGCAAUUUUCAUAAAUUCCUAUGGCACUCCUGAUAUAAAAUCCAUAAUUGAUGCAAUUUUAGCUUUAAUUUCAGAAUAUGAAAAAUUGAAAUCUCAAAAUUAUAAUGAAAAAACUCCAAGAAGCAGCAUGAGAGCAAGCUCACCAAUUCCAGAGUCAAGCUCAACUCCUCGAAAUCGAUCAAAAAAAGACGACUACUUCAGAGUUUUUUGAAAUGUUUUACAGUCAUUUCAUAACUCCCCCCCCCCCCCCUCCGUGAGCGAACAAAAAAAUUUUGUUCGCUCACGGAGGGGGGUUAAUUUUUUUUUUUUAAAAAAAUUUAUAUAUAAAUUUUUAGAAAAAAUAUUUUUUUCGAAAUUUAAAAAAAUCCUAAUUUGCAAAAAUUGGGAAGCAAAUAUUAAUUUAAUUUGCAAAAUUUAUGUUUUAAAACGCAAUUUGUUUAAAAUUAAACAGAAUUAGCUCUAGAUUUCAUUAUACUAAUUAUCACUUAUAUAUCAAAAUUUUUUUCCAUUAAAAUUUUUUUCUAUUAAAAAAAUUUUUGUUCACUCACGGAGGGUGGGUUUUUGGUCAAAAAAAUGGCGAUUUUUCUAAUGGUUUUGUUCGCUCACGGAGGGGGGGGGGGGGAGUAAGAAUUUUUUCCUUAUGGACAUCCAAUCGGAUUUUUGUAAUUUCUGGAAAAAAAGUUAAUAAGGAAAAAAAAUUGACCAAAAUAUCUAGGAAAUGCUGCACGAGGAAAAUUUUACGAUCAAAUGACACAGAGCCGUUUUACACACAAAGAUUACGAUAACUCGUCACCCUACGACCAGUCAGUUCUUUCAUAUAUUUCACAAUCUGAAGAGCAUAAAUUGAUAUAUGAAGGAAAAUUAACCUCUUAUCAAGACCAAAUUUCUUUUCUAAAAAGCCGUCUAAAAGAAGUCGACCAACGGAACUAUUUUUCUUCUCCUGAAUCAUAUGAAUCCCCUUAUAAAGAAUCUACAAUUGGGCUCAAAGAAAUAGCUUCAGCUUUAGGCGUCGACUCAAUUGAUGAAAUUUUAAGUGCAAUUGAGCAAAUGAAUAAAGUCUUAAAAGUUGUGCCUAAUCUAGAAAGGUUCAUAGAAGAUGUAUGUCAAGAAUUAUUACCCUCCACAGUAAAAGAACAGACCUAUGAGUCUUAUUCUAAAGCUUUUGAAGAAGUCAUUCCUACCAUUAAAGAAUUAAAAUCUUUGAUAGAUCAUCUGCAUAAUUUUAAAUCCUCCUUUUGUAAGCGAACUGGAAAAAAACCUCUAUUUUUUGUAAAAAAUCCAACCAUUCACAUUGAGCGAAUAAAAAAAUUUUUAUGAAAAAAUAUUUUGAAAUAUAAGUGAUGAUUAUUAUUACUAACUCCCCCCCCCCCCUCCGUGAGCGAACAAAAAAAAUUUUGUUCGCUCACGGAGGGGGGUUUAAUUUUUUUUUUUUUAAAAAAAUUUAUAUAUAAAUUUAUAAAAAAUAUUUUUUUCGAAAUUUAAAAAAAUCCUAAUUUGCAAAAAUUGGGAAGCAAAUAUUAAUUUAAUUUGCAAAAUUUAUGUUUUAAAACGCAAUUUGUUUAAAAUUUAAACAGAAUUAGCUCUAGAUUUCAUUAUACUAAUUAUCACUUAUAUAUCAAAAUUUUUUUUCCAUUAAAAUUUUUUCUAUUAAAAAAAUUUUUGUUCACUCACGGAGGGUGGGUUUUUGGUCAAAAAAUGGCGAUUUUUCUAAUGGUUUUGUUCGCUCACGGAGGGGGGGGGGGAGUAAAUAUUCAGCUAAUUCUGUUGAAUUUUAAACAACCUACAUUUUAAAGUAUAAAGUUUAUAAAUUAAAUUAAUUUUCGUGGGAUUUUUUAAAUUUGGAAAAAAAAUUAUAUAAAUUCAUUUAUAAUUAUUUUUAAAAAAUUGGUAACAAAAAAUUAUGUUAGCUCACUCGAUGAGGAAAGAGGAGUAAGCAAAAAGUUUAUUCAAGCUUAAAAUUGCAAUUAAAUACUCCAGAAAGUGUGGUAUUAGACAGCAUUAAAGCGAUAAGAUAUUUUGAAAAACUUUUUGAAGUAAAAAUGGGCGAUGACUUAUUAGGAGUUAUGGAGCAGCUAUUUUUAUUUGUCCAUGAAAUGAGGCUGUUUGUACAAAAUAUGAAAAAUGCUUUGGGUUUGGGUAUAUAAAUUAAAAUCGCGUGGAGAGCCAAUCCACCCUCUUAACUCCUGUAGUUGACAUCUCACAGGGUAUGUAGGAAUCUUGAGGAAUGGACGAGGAUGGCGUUCGGAAAUGUGUAACCUGCCAGAUUUUUCUUGGCACUUCUAGCAGAGCCAGUGUAUUUUGACCACAGGAAAUAACCAUAGCCUACUCGGAUGCACAUUUGCUGAGGCUAAACUUGAUCUCAGUCAGUCCCAGCUCGCUUUAGCCAUAAGGCUGGACUAUUGCGCCAAGAGGGCAGGUUGGUACGUGUCGGCAUUUUAAUAUAUAUAUUCGGGGAUUACAGUAAACUUCUCUAUAAGUCUAAUAAACAUAAAAGCUUUGGGUUUGGAUAAGUCCGAGCCUGUAGGAAAAGUUCUCGAAGCAAUUAAAAAAAUUAUUGUGAAAUAA